ACAUAUUUGUUAAUUAUGGUGUCUGUAUUUCAGUAAUUUAUAUCAUUCCGCCAUUAAUCGUUGACGCGUAAUGCCAGUAUGAGGUGUAAAAUUAAUAAUUGUGUGAAAGUAUUGAUUUAUUUCGUAAUAUCAAUAUUACAAUGUGAAGCUUUUGAUACUACAGAGAAUCCAGUGAUAACGCUAGAAUACGGGAAGGAUAUAAACAACAUAAAUACGUACUACGUUGAACAAAAUAAAAGUUUACAAAUAAUAUUUAAAAACAGCCACGCUGGUUAUGUAAGGUGUUAUGAUUUUAAAAUAAAUCAUGUAACCACGUUUAUAAAAAAGGAAUUUCCAAAUUACGAUAAGGACAGUGUCAUUAACAUUACAAGUGUAACUCCUGACAUGAGCACAAGAUGGGCAUGCGUAAUUCUACAGAAAUAUCAUGGAGGUGCAAGGGAAGUGUAUAAGUCGGCAGAGCACACAGCUGUCCAAUAUUAUAUUCAUGUCCAUGUGAAAGGAGCUCGAUCUGUAAAUGUAUCAAUAAACGGAGACUCCCUGAAUUUCACUAAAACGGGUUUAAAUGUGCAACACGAUGGCGAGACCUUCUUUUCCUUCAUUGAACAUCAAAAUAUUGAACUCGUAUGCGCCAAUAUUGACGAAGAAUGUAAAGUGUCGUUGGAAUAUUUUAACCAAAACGGAGAAAAGAUAUUGGAAAUACCACCAAGAGGUAAAACGAGUAUAUUGUUCCGAACCAGACUAACUUCGAAACAAGACAAGUUUUAUAUAGACUGUAUUUGUCACACAAACAAUAAAUAUCGAUACAGAACUUACUUUUAUAAACAAGAAUUGCACUACAACCCAGAUAAACAAGACAAUAUAUUGAUAGUAACAGUGAACGGAUUGUUGGAACGCUACGUAAGAAGAAAUGGUUUAUAUUUUGACUAUCCGAUAUUCAAAUAUGUAGACGGAGAAAUGAUCAUCGUCACUUGCGAAGCUAAACGACCGUAUUCAAGUAUUCCAUUACAGUUUUAUUUUGACAUUAACCAAGUAACUUUGUACCAUAGAAUCAAAGUUAAGGACAUUGAUGACAAAAUAGUUGGUACUAUAAAUUCAUCUGCUGUUACCCUGAACAAGAAAACUCUUUCGUGUGGAUUUAAGGAAGAAUAUGCUAGGAUGACAUUCGAGUCUGAUGUUGCAGAUCACACGGUACGGGUGUUCGGUCUGGCCAGACCAAAUAUUCUGUACCAGUACCGCAGCGGUGACGUUUGGACAACCGUCUACCAAUACUCGGUAAACGAAACUAUAAGCUUGGGGUGUGUUCUGAAUAUCGUACCCUUAGAAAACUAUAAAUUGAAAUGGAAUUUUAAUGGAGAAGAGUCAUCUAGAAAUGGUUAUAGAGUAUCGGGCAUGAUGAAAUAUGCAGAUGAAAAUUUUACAAAAACUUUAACUGAACACGAUGAUAAAAAAAUUAUCAAAUGCAUUGCUUCUGAAAACUACAAAAUAUUGAAUUUUGCUGAAGUACGAUUACAACUGAAAGAGAUAUCAAACUCGGAGAAUUUUGCGGAUGAAAUUAAUCCACAUACGACCAUGCCAUUUAUACUACUUUACGUAGUAGUCAGCGUGGCUGUCGUUGCUUUCUUGAUAUGCAUCCUUAUUUUCUGGUACAAAAGGUUCAAAACGGCGAAACUACUUAAAAACCGUUACAACAACAUUUCAAAUCAAAAGGAAAGUCCGAUACCACCUUUUCCGGCGCAGUGGGAUGAAAACAAUCAUUACGAGAAAACCGACGAAGGUGUUACACAAGAGAAUUACUCAUACGCAUAUAGUAACAAGAUACCCAAAUAUCCAAACCUAAGACAGAGUCAUGCUCCAUCAGAAAAUCACUAUACAGAAAUUGAUGAUUACAAUAAAUCAACGAGCAAUGAUGCCUACCAAGUAGUAAAUGUUAAUAAGAAUAGUACCCCGGCUACUAAAGAUGCUAAACCUAAUGAAGACACAUAUGAUAAACUUAUACGUGAUGGUAAACCAAAGAAACGAAAUACUGGCAAACCUGAUAUUUAUGCAGCAGUAGAUGCAAAGCAUAAUAGACCUGAACAGCAAGAUUACAAGAAUGUUAAUGCUAUGGCAGAUAUAAAUGAUAGUGCCUACGCUUAUGCUUAUGAUACACGACCUGUUGCUGCUAAAUGGCAGGAUAAGGACAGAAGUGCUUUGGAUUAUGAUGUCCCAUAUGCUACAAGCGGAGUUAGUAGGGAAAACGACUGUUAUGUAGGCCUAGACACACUUGAAAAAAAAUGAUCGAUAUACCGGCUGUAACAAAAUACUCAUAUACAUCAAGAAGCACUGAAGAAUACAGGUUGAAUAGAAUCUGUACACAAAGUUUCAGCUUAAAAUAGGUUAAAAAAAAUUGAUACCAAAUUGGUGUCGCAUGGUUCUUGAUUUUAAAUCAUCAUACAAACGUAUCACAACACUACAGGGGUCACUCGCUAAUUACGAAACAAUUCUUCAGUAAAUCUGAUCGCUUAGUACCUGUAUCUGCCUAGUUUUGAUGUUCGGUUUCUUUAUUGUAUAUAUUGGAAAAAUUCAUAACUUCAACUAUGAAAACAUGAGUUUAAAAAACCCUUCCCAUAUCGUUUGUUAUGCUGUUUAGAACAAGUGCACUUGAUAUGUAUACCCCCUUUUUGUUACACCGUGUAUAUUUACUUUUAUAUCUAUAUGCUUUAAAUUAAGAUAUUUUAGAGAAUAUGUUCUCAGUAACUAUAGACAGAAAUGUGUGUCUUCUACUGAAGUAUUACUACCUAUACCAGGUAUGGCGAACGUUUACAUAUUGUCGUGCCAAUAACUUUGAAGAAAUGUGUAUUGAGGUUGUAGGUCUGCCAUCAAAUAAAAUUUACUUUUUAUACUACCUACUUAUUAUCAGUAGUAAAAAAGUCUGAAGUUAGUCUGAUUGUAAGCAGUCUUCGCAUCGUUAGAUUAUCUACGAUACUAGAUGGCAAUACUUGGUACAAAUGAAUUGAAAAAAUGAAAAAUAUUUAUUAGUUCAUAAAGGAUUGUACAAAAAAGAUUGUGAUUGGAGCCUCCCGUUAAGCAUAGACAGCCUGUAUUUGGAGACACCGCUUUUCCAUAACUUAUUAAUAUUAUUAUGCUUAGAACUAAUAAACUUGUUUAUUAAUUAUUAUGUUAUCGGCUUACUCACGCAAGGGUCAUACACAUAUGGGUUUUCAGAUAAAAUAACUUGAAAAUGUAUGUCCAUAUUUGAAUAUUUUUAUUUUUUAGCUAAAUUAUAGUCACUCUUCUAUUUACUCAUAAUGUUUCUAGCUAAGAAAUGAUAUUUUUUUAUACUAAAAAUAAAAUGUUUCAAAAGUCUCGUCGUGUGGACUGUUCGGAUUCGUGGUAUGUGUGUUUAGAUAGAUGUAGGGAAUUAUUUUGUCAUGUAUUUAUAAAAAUGACUGUUGUAUUAAACUAAUAUAUAAUGAACAUUAUAUUUUUUACUAGAUAGUUGUAAAUAAUUGCAGAAGAUAUUUUUUUUUAUUUCCAAUAAACAUGGUGUUAUAGGAAUUUAGGUCAUUUUGGUGGACCUAAAAACCCACUAAAUGUUUGUGUCUACUAAUGCUACCUACUCCUACUGCUAAAAUGAGCUACUAAAGCUAAAUGAAUAUUUUUUUAAUUGACAAAACCAGAUAGCCGUCGUUUUUUGGAGUCGUUAUAAGUACAACCACGGAUUAUUUUCUAACUUACGAAGUUUUAAAAUAAAAUAAAGUUUUUUUGUCCAAGAUCA